AUGUUAGAUCGUCGCUCCCAAAAAAAUAAGGCCACGAGCUACCAUCUUGGCCAGCUCAAGGCCAAGCUCGCAAAACUUCGCCGUGAACUUAUCGCCCCGUCGAGCGGGGGUGGUGGCGGUGGCGGACUUGGCUUUGACGUGGCUAGAACUGGUGUCGCGUCAGUGGGAUUUGUCGGGUUUCCGUCAGUAGGGAAGUCCACGCUCAUGUCGAAGCUCACCGGCACACAUUCCGAGGUGUCCGAGAUUGACUUCACCACCUUGACCACUGUACCUGGCACGCUGAAAGUACACGGCGCACCAAUACAAAUAUUAGAUCUCCUUGCUCGUACAUGCAAUCUUAUCUUCAUUGUUCUCGAUGUCCUCAAGCCCCUAGGAGACAAGAAGCUUAUUGAAGCAGAACUGGAAGGUUUCGGAAUCCGACUCAAUAAGAAGCCACCAUCGAUUAUUGUCAAGAAGAAAGACAAGGGCGGUAUCGCUAUUACGAACACAGUGCCUCUCACCAACAUCGAUCAGGACGAAAUUAAAGCUGUUCUCAGCGAGUAUAAGAUGAGCAAUGCGGAUGUCACCAUUCGUGAGCCAAAUGCCACCGCAGACGACCUAGUAGAUGUCAUUGAGGGAAACAGAGUUUACAUACCGGCAAUCUAUAUUGACGCUAUCUCGAUUGAGGAGCUCGACCUCUUAUACAAAAUUCCCAACAGUGUACCCAUAUCCUCGAAAGAAUGGCUUAACGUGGACGAGCUCAUAGAGAGCAUGUGGGAAGCACUUGACCUUGUCCGUGUGUACACCAAGCCACGAGGGCAAUCGCCAGAUUAUUCCGCCCCUGUGGUAUUACGGAGAGGGAAAUGCACUGUUGAAGAUUUCUGCAAUGCCAUUCACAAGGAGAUUGUCAAGCAGAUGAAAUACGCUAUAGUUUGGGGGUCUAGUGCGAAGCACGCCCGCGGUCAAAAGGUAGGACUUGAGCAUGUCCUUGAAGACGAAGAUGUCGUUCACAUUUCCAAAAAGUGA